GGUGAUGCAGAAUGAAAGCUACCUUUCUCGAAGUCUUCCUUUUUCAAUUGACCAUGCGAGUUUACUUUCUGUUGGGUGUCGUUGCUCUCGUUACUGCAUUGGACGAUGCUGGUUACCAACAACAACAACAAAAUUAUGGUGAUCGUGUUGAACAAAACGGCGGAGGUGUGAUAGAUAAAAUAUUUAACAUCCCAAUUACAGCAGUAAAACAAACCUCAUUAGUGGCACAAUCGUUCACACCGGAAAAUAAACAAAUGAUUGAUAACGUUUUUCAGAUUCCAAUUUCAACGUUGGAAGCUGUCAGUGAUCUCGUUAAAUCCACAACAGCACAAAGACGUGAAAAUGCCGAUGUCAUUCAAAAAAGACGACAAGACAGGCGUGACAGAUUGUCAUCUCAACGAGAGGAACAAAAAUUGAGAAAAGAACAAAUACAAAAUGAACGAUUGCGAAGAAAAUCAUCGAGGUAUCCUAAACAUCAAAAUGAUCCUUUUGGAUUGAAUACAUUGACGAAGAUUUUAAUUGGCAAUCAUGGUAUUUUUAACAAACCUAGUCAAAUAUGUUCUAUAUUUGGAAAUUAUCAAAAUUGGUUUGGUGGUGGGCUUGGUAGUAGUAAUCAUGAUAAUAAUCAUGGUAGUAGUCAUGGUGGUCAUGAAGGAAGUCAUGGAGGUUCGCAUGAAAUUAUUAAUGGUAAUGGUUAUGGACAACAACACGGUUCUAACAUGUAUCAAGUACAUGAAAUAGUCGAUGAAGGAAACCACCAAUCUAUUGGAACAUUCUUUGGACAAUUUUCUUUAAAUACGUCGAAAGAUCAAAUUCGUAACAAAAUUGCACCGUCUAAGGAACAUAAUUAUUAUCCAAUAUCGGAUCGAAUUUCAACGAAGAGAAAAAAUAGAUAUUACGAACCACCAUUGGAAAAUAAAAUUGCACCGCGUAAUUCGAGAAUUUCGUUCGUUUGAAAUUUUUGAAAUUUUUUAUUUUUUGUAUUAUUUUUAAAU